AUGUUCCAGCACCAGAUGAUCAUCGUCAAGCUCAAGUCCUCCAACCUUGUCCUGUUCGACUUCGAACCUCUGGACAAGACCUCGCCGUUGGUCGCAGCGACGCUGCUACUGGGUGGGAGGGUGCCAGGGCGGCUGCGAUCAAGGGAGCUGCAGAGCGUUCCAAGGUUGAGGGAGUUUGAGGACACAGCCAACCUGAAGUUUCGCAGGAACAGCGUGCUCGUAGGGAAUGCAAAGGAAGGAACGACGCUGGCAAGCAUCGACAGGAUAAACGGUGAAUGGGACUGCAACCUGCGCCUGCUACGGAACGACUGCCGGCAUUACUGCGCUAAGAUCAUCAACGAUGUCUGCUGA